AUGCUAGAUGAAGUGGGAGUCUCAAAAGCACAGAAGCUCAUCAGUCAAUGGGCCGGUAUCGAUGAGCUGUCCUUCGAAGAGCCUAAAACACCAGUCUCUGCUGAGAACUUCGAAGUCUUCGAAACAUUGAAAGUCAAAAUCAACGAUCCCAGCUCCUUGGGAUUGGAUACUGUAGCCCAGUACACUGGGUACCUAGACAUUGACGAAAGCAAACAUCUUUUCUUUUGGUUUUUCGAAUCCCGAAAUGAUCCAGCCAACGACCCUGUGGUGCUCUGGUUGAAUGGGGGGCCUGGAUGUUCAUCAACCACAGGACUCUUCUUCGAGUUGGGGCCCUCGUUUAUCAAUGGCUCGGUACAGCCAGAGUACAAUCCAUAUUCUUGGAAUUCAAAUGCCUCGGUAAUCUUUUUGGACCAGCCUGUCAACGUUGGCCUUUCCUACACUGAAGAUCCUCACCAGGCACCAAACACCACUGCAGCUGCUUCACCUGAUGUGUUUGCCUUCUUGGAAUUAUUUUUCACCAAGUUCGAUCAUCUUCAGAAGAACAAAUUCCAUAUUGCUGGAGAGUCAUACGCGGGACAUUAUAUUCCCAAGUUCGCCAGCGAUAUAAUAAAAAGACCAAACCGGUCUUUCAACUUGAGUUCCGUGCUAAUUGGAAACGGUUUCACCGAUGCUUUGAUCCAGUAUAAGUCAUUUAUCCCAAUGGCCUGUGGCGGGGCUGGUUACCCCCAGUUCGUUACUGAUGAAGAUUGUCGUUUGAUGGAACAAGAGUACUACCCAAAAUGCGGUUCACUCUUGGAAAUAUGCUACCAAAACCCCAGCGUUUUCACGUGUCUCCCAGCUCAUUACUAUUGUGAAUCCAAGAUGUUUGAGGCCCUUAAGAAGACGAAAAAGAAUCCUUAUGAUAUCAGGGAGGACUGUGUUUCUCCCGGAAGUAAUUGUUACCCUGGGUUGGACUAUGUGGAUGAGUACCUAAACAAUGAUGCAGUUAGAAAGGCUAUUGGAGCUUCUCCAAGGAGUGGAAAAUUCGUUGGAUGCAACGACGAUGUUGGUUUGGCCUUCUACUUGAAUGCUGACAAAACUCUUCCACAUCAGCAAUAUGUCGGGGAAUUAUUGGACAAUGGAGUUCCCGUGUUGAUAUACGCAGGAGACAAGGACUUCAGAUGCAAUUGGUACGGGAACCACAAAUGGACCGAUAAAUUAGCCUACUCGGCUCAUGAGCAGUUUGCACGCGAGUCUUUACUGCCUUGGUACGUGGAUGAGGCAGUCGCGGGAGAAGUGAAGAACUAUGGCAUCUUUACCUUUUUGCGACUCUACAAUGCCGGACAUUUGGUCCCUUACGACAAGCCAAAGGAAUCGCUCCAUAUGCUCAACCGCUGGAUUGCUGGUGACUACUCGUUGGGUGCAAAAAGAGGCGAGGAACAUAGUUCUUAA